CUACAAAUGUAUGACAUUCAUUGGAAACUUACUGUAAACCAAAUAGCUAACGUAGCUAGCAGAAUAUUUUUUUAAGUAACUGUUGCUAGCUAGAUGAUGUCAUCACACAUUGGAUCGAGCUAGCUAGCAGGCUACAUAACGUUUGRUGUGAGUACUGUACUUGGCUCCACGCAUACAGUACGUGCGGGUUCAUCGUCUGSUAACUUACUAGUAGUACUGCUGGAAGUCCAGUGUCCUGGCUCUUGAUUUUUUCCGAACGAAUCUGAACUGAGACGAGCGGCUGGAUGCAGAUGAUUGGUCCACAAGAAAGCGAAGAAUUACUGAAGAAUGAAGUACAAUCAUUUCAGCAAUCCUCUUCUUCAUCCUCAGUCCUCUUGUCCACGACUGAUCAUAUUUGUAGUUUGAUCUGGAACACGAGUGACCUAAAACCUCUGGACAGUUCCUGACUGGACUGCUGUUAUCUCUGCAUUUUCGCCUUCCCCGUGAUUUCAUCUCCACAGCAUACCCUUGAAAUAAAGGGUCAACUUUUUGGGAUAAACAUUACKCACUUUCUGGGAUAUAGGAAAGUGUGUAAUAUCUCUGGGAUAUAGGCCUACACUACAGUUGAGAUCUUCUCUGUGAGCAGACUAGGCCUAUAUAUUUUUCCUUGUCUCGUGAUAUUGUGGUGUUAAACCUUUGGUGAGACACUAUGGAGUGGAAUAUGGAYUACUGUAUGGAGCAGGUUAUGCAGAAGGACCUGGGUCGGAGACUACAGGUGGGCCAAGACAUCAUAGACUCCAUCCUGGACAAGGACAAGUCCCAGGACCUGGAGCAGGACCAGACCAUGCUGGACAGAAUGGUGGAUGGUGUCGCUACCAACUGGGUCAACUCCAGCAAUUUCAAGGUGGCUUUGUUGGGAAUGGACAUACUGACAGCUUUAGUAACAAGACUACAGGAACGGUUUAGGACACAGAUUGGAACUGUUUUGCCAAGUUUGAUAGAUCGACUAGGCGACUCAAAGGACCAAGUCAGAGACCAGGACCAAGCUCUUCUGCUAAAGAUCAUGGACCAAGCUGCUAACCCACAGUAUGUAUGGGACCGAAUGUUAGGAGGAUUCAAACACAAGAACAAUAGGACCAGGGAGAGUGUCUGCAUUUGCCUUAUCGCCACGUUAAAUGUAUAUGGAGCUCAAGGCUUGACCCUCAGCAAAAUUGUCCCCCACAUAUGUAAUCUUUUAGGAGACCCUACAAGCCAGGUGCGAGACGGGGCCAUGAACUGUCUUGUUGAAAUCUACAGACAUGUCGGGGAGAGGGUGCGGAUGGACCUGGGGAAAAAAGGACUGCCACAGUCACGGUUGAAUGUCAUUUUCAGUAAAUUUGAUGAAGUUCAAAGAACAGGGAACAUGAUCCUGUCCCCUGUCUCAGAUAAGAACUAUGAUGAUGAUGAUUCGGUGGACGGGGGGCGGUCCUCCUCUUCUAAGGGCCCGUCGUCAGGGAAGAAGGCAGUGAGCAUGGGGUCGUUCCGUAGGCCCAGCUCUGCUUCCAGCACCAAAUCAACAGGGAGAGAUGGUCCUAGRGCGGCUGCUGCAGGGGCUGUGGAUGAGGAGGACUUCAUCCGUGCCUUCGAGGAAGUGUCCACUAUGGAACUUUUCUCUAACAGGGAAAUGGAGGACGCCAUGACCAAGAUCAGAGAGGUGCUGGCCGACGACAAACGAGACUGGGAGCACAGAGUCACUGCGUUGAAGAAGAUGCGUUCUCUGCUCCUGGCGGGAGCGGUGGACUUUGACGGUUUCUCCCAGCAGCUGCGUCUCACGGAGGCAGCCUUCAAGAUGUCCGCUAAAGACCUGCGCUCUCAGGUGGUCAGAGAGGCCUGUAUCACUCUGGGCCACCUGUCCUACAUCCUGGGGAACAGGUUUGACCACUGUGCAGAGUCCAUCAUGCCCACUCUCCUAACCCUGGUCUCUAACUCGGCCAAGGUCAUGGCKACAUCCGGCAUCGCUGUCAUACGACUCAUCAUCAGGCAUACACACUACCCUCGUCUCAUUCCUAUCGUGACCAGCAGCUGCCUGUCGAAAUCUGUGGCCGUAAGAAGGCGCUGUUUUGAGUUUUUGGACCUCUUGCUGCAGGAGUGGCAGACCAGCUCUCUAGAGAGGAAUGUAGCUGUUCUGACAGAGACCAUCAAGAAAGGAGUCCAUGAUGCAGACUCCGAGGCCCGAUCAGUGGCCAGGAAGUGCUACUGGACGUUCCACGGCCACUUCAGCCGGGAGGCGGAGCAGCUGUUCCAGGCUCUAGAGUCGUCCUAUCAGAAGGCUCUCCAGUCCCACAUGAAGAGUUCUGACAGCAUCCUGUCCCUCCCUGCCUCAGACCGCUCCUCCUCCUCCUCYCAGGAGAGCCUCAACCGCCCUCAGUCUGCCAAGAGCUCCAUGGGAAACACCGUGACCAGGACGAAAGCGGCUCCCUCCAGAGGUCCCUCCACCCCGGGCUCUCUCCAGCGUUCCCGUAGCGACGUGGACGUGAACGCCGCUGCCACCACUAGUGCCAAGUCCAGGAUGACUCCCGUGCCCGGCUCGCCCGCCCCCUUCAGCGCUGCCUCGGCUCUGCCACCCGGCUCCUACGCCUCUCUAGGCCGUGUGCGUACCAGGAGAACGAGUUCGGGGAGCGGCGUGAGUGCGAGUCCCUCUGUCAUAGACAGUAGGGGGAGGAGUCGAGCCAAAAUGGUGUCAGUGUCUCAACCUGGCAGUCGUUCUGGCUCCCCUGGUCGUCUCCUGAGCCAUACAUACGGCAGGAUCUCCAGGGCCACUGGAGGGACAACGCCCGCAGAAAGGAGGCCUAAAGUCCCCCGCAGCCAUGGCUGCAGCCGAGACACCAGUCCAGACAGAUCAGGCCUGGCGAGGAGUCGUAUCCCCCGGCCCAGCAUGAGUCAGGGCUGCAGCAGGGACACCUCUAGGGAGAGCAGCCGAGACACCAGCCCCGCUCGGGGAUUCUCUCCUCUGGAGCGUCUAGGUCUGGCCCACCAGGCCCGUAUCUCAGCUUCUGUCAACGCCAUGAGGAUCCUCAACACUGGGACCGAGGUGGAGGCAGCUGUAGCCGACGCCCUGUUACUAGGAGACGCCAGGAACAACAAGCGGCGGCCAGUCAGACGGCGGUACGAGUCCCCGGGGAUCUACUCAGACGACGACGCUAACAGCGACGCCAGCAGCGCCUGCUCUGAGCUCUCGUAUGGCUCGCGGAACGGCGGCCCGCCCCACUACAUGAGACAGACGGAGGACGUGGCCGAGGUGCUGAACCACUGUGCCAGUUCCAACUGGUCUGAGAGGAAGGAGGGGCUGCUGGGACUACAGAACCUGCUCGUUAGCCAGAGAAUUCUCAGUCGUGUGGAGCUGAAGAGAUUGUGUGAGAUCUUCACAAGGAUGUUUGCUGACCCACACAGCAAGCGAGUGUUCAGCAUGUUUCUGGAGACCCUGGUAGACUUCAUCACCCUGCACAGAGAGGACGUGCAGGACUGGCUGUUUGUCCUGCUCACCCAGCUGCUGAAGAAGAUGGGAGCUGACCUCCUGGGUUCCGUACAGGCCAAGGUUCAGAAGGCUCUGGACGUCACCAGGGACUCYUUCCCGUUGGACCAGCAGUUUAACAUCCUGAUGCGUUUCAUCGUCGACCAGACCCAGACCCCCAACCUGAAGGUCAAGGUGGCCAUCCUGAGGUACAUUGAGGGCCUGGCCCGUCAAAUGGACCCCGCAGACUUUGUCAACUCCAGCGAGACGCGCCUGGCCGUCUCCCGCAUCAUCACCUGGACCACGGAACCAAAGAGCUCCGACGUCCGGAAGGCGGCRCAGGUGGUUCUGAUCGCCUUGUUUGAGCUGAACACCCCAGAGUUCACCAUGCUGCUGGGGGCCCUGCCCAAGACCUUCCAGGACGGAGCCACUAAACUMCUGCAUAGCCACCUGCGGAACUCCAGCAACACCAGAGAGGCUUCUCCCAGUAGCACCAUGGGACGGACUCCUCCCCCACCUCGCCACCCCAGCAGUCGCAGCAGCCCCCUCACCUCUCCCACCAACUGCUCCCAUGGGGGGGGGCUCUCUCCCAGCCGGCUAUGGGGUUGGAGUGCUGAUGGCCUGUCAAAGUACCCUCCUCCCUUCCCUUCUCCUCUCUCCUCCACCCCUGCUGCACCCUCCCUCAAGACCCUACGAAGUGCUUACUCUCCCAGCAUGUUGGAGUACGACACAGAGAACCUGAACACCGAUCAGAUCUAUAGCUCCCUGCGAGGCGUCACUGAGGCCAUCCAGAACUUCAGCUUCCGCAGUCAGGAGGACCUCAUGGAGCCGGGCAGAGGCAAGAGAGAGGACACGCCGGGUGUUGGAACAGCAUCACACUCUGGUGUUGAUGUGGUGGAGGGGCCCGGGGGUCGCACGGCRCUGGACAACAAGACCUCCCUACUCAACACCCCCUCCCCCCGUUCCUUCUCCGGCCCCCGGGGCCGCGACUACAACCCCUACAACUACUCUGACACCAUCAGCGCCUACGACAAGGCUGCCCUGAGAGAGACGGUGUACGAGGACGACGUGGAGCAGCUUCGAGAUGGCCGCCAAGAGUGUGGUGGAGAAAACAAGAUGCUGCACACCAAGAACAGUUCCCCUGCGGAGCAGCUGGGACUGGUGGCUGAGCUGCUGAAGGAGCUGUCUAGCCCCAGUGAGAGGCCAGAGGAGAGGAGGGGAGCCCUGGUGGAGCUGCUGAAGAUAGCCCGGGAGGACAGCCUGGCCGUGUGGGAGGAACACUUCAAAACCAUGCUGCUCCUGCUGCUGGAGACUCUGUCAGACCAAGAUCACACCAUCCGGGCACUGGCGCUACGAGUGCUGAAGGAGAUCUUACGCAACCAGCCGGCCCGCUUCAAGAACUACGCAGAACUCACCAUCAUGAAGACCCUGGAGCUACACAAAGACUCCCARAAAGAGGUUGUGCGGGCAGCAGAGGAGUCAGCCUCCACCCUGGCCGGCUCCAUCCACCCAGAACAGUGUAUCAAGGUGCUGUGUCCCAUCGUCCUGCACACACACGAUGGAGCCGGAGGGGCCAUGUCAUUGUAUGAAGGAGAUGAAGGUGUUCCUAAUGUUUGGUGUACUCAGAGUAUGUCUAAUAUUGUUCUGAUGUCUCUCUGUGUAAAGGGGUAUGACAACACAGAGAGCAGUGUGAGGAAGGCCAGUGUGUUCUGUCUGGUGGCUGUCUACUCUGUCAUCGGUGAAGAGUUGAAGCCCUACCUGGCCCAGCUCACAGGAAGCAAGAUGAAGCUGCUGAACCUGUACAUAAAGAGAGCCCAGACGUCCACCAGCAACAGCAGCAGCUCCUCAGACAUCUCCUCAUACUAAUGAACAUGGCCCUCCGGCUCCAUCCGUGUGUGUGCAGGUACAUACAGUACAGGGUUGUGUUCAUAGGGCACCAAACGGUGCAAAACAGACUGAAACAGGAAUGGACUACGUGGACUACUGGUCCAAUCAGAAACACUAAUUGUAUUAUAUUUUUACCGUUUUGAAAUAUUUUCCAUGGCGUGCCCUAAUGAACGCGACCCAGAUAGGGAAACAGUUGUGCCUCAAUCUUUCUUUCCAGACCUCCUUGUAGUUUUAAUGUAUUCUAAUAAAGGCUGUAGGCUGUUCCUUGUUGGGAAACCCUAUGCCUGUCGCAAUCAACAUUUUAUUUCCUUCUGUUUUGUCGUCUUGUAAAUACUUUAAUUCCACAUUUUAUUAAGAUUUGAAUGCAACACUACUUCAGACCCAGUCGAAUGAAUGUAAAGAGCUUUGAAGGAAACCCGAGUCCUUUAUAAACCGUCUGAAAGGUUUUAAUGUUGAUGGAAGCAGAGUGUCGCUCUGUACACGACCGCCUCAUUGCCUCUAGUGUUCCUUCUCGCAAUGGAUAGAUAGGCUUAUUUGGAAACGUGUGUGGUUAUUUGUAAAAGGGCAAUUUAAAAAAAUUCGAUUUCGAUAGUAAUUGUUCCAUAGUAUUUGGCGUCUGAAGAAUUUGUUCUUGGUGGUGACGCUAUGUUUUUAAGCCUGUAUUUAAAGAAUAUUCCUUGUAGAAUUUCUCAGUUAGUGAGAAUCUAAAAAUGUUCAUUUCCAUUAGUGGGAGAAGAUCAUUUGGCUGGCCAAUGAUUAGUACAUGCAGUGAAAAGCUGUGUUGAAUAAGCCUCUGUUAACUGCCUAUGUGUGUAACACCUGUGUUUUGACUGUGUGGUUUGGGCCCCAACAACUGGUGAAGGAGUAUUUUCCAUUUUCACAAGGAUUACAUUAUCACCCUUCAUAUGUUAUUAUGAAAGGGGAGUUAUUGGUUGAGUUGGUAGAGGUUUGAGUCUGCUGUUUUUUGUGCUUUAACAUUCGGGCACGUUGUAAUGAGUCAAAACUACUGGGAUCUGAAGUAUUCUUGCAAUGUAAAACCGCAAUGAAGAGUCCUAGAAUUUUCAAAUGUGAACUAUUUUGUCUAAAAAUAAAAUAUGGGCAAUACCUAUUUGUCAUAUAGUAUGAAGACCUUGACAAUCUGACAUAUUAGUCGAUAAUCUAAGGACGUUGUAAGUGCCAGUGCUCAACAAAAAAUCUUUACCAUUUUAAAGACAUAAGAGGCAACAAAAUAAAGAGAUAAGAAGUUUUUGUCUUUUGAAUUGAAUCCAGCAAUAAUGAAUUAGUAACAAAAAAUCCAACUACUUGGAUGAACUUUUUUGUCAAAGCACUGUAAAUGACCAUUGUAAGUUAACCGUCCUUGUUUGAAAUGUAUAGAUGCCAUUUUUUAGCGCUCCUAUGAAAUGUUACUGCUGCUUUAGAAAUACUAAUCAUGGCGURAAACCUAAUGUAUUUUACUCUCCUUAUUAUGAAUGUUAAAGGUACAGUUUCGGUUAGA